AUGGCCGAUCGAUCUCAAACGAAACCGUUGAAAAAUAGAUCAGAUCCUUAUCUUCCGACGUUGUUCAACACUCCCUAUGCACAAUCUUAUUUGCAACUUGCCGCUUGGACUAAUCCUCUGGUUCCACCGACAGGUGAACUUCAACAGAGAGCACGGACAGUGACGAAACACGAUAUGUCUUCAAGACUGAUCAGUCUUGAUCAAAAUUACUCACGUAAUCACAGUCAGCCAUUGAGAAAUACCUCAGCACGUUCUCUCAUUCAAAAUUAUGAGAUUGUUAAGCGACGCUACAUGGCACAAGCACAUGGUAGGAUUCGAAUUCAUGAACAAAGUGCUACGAAUAUUUUGCCGAGAGUACAAAUUAAUCGUGAACGACCAGCACGUGUUACUUCGGCAUAUCAGAAACCUUCGAAAAUGAAUCAAAAUCUAUCGGAUUCUGAUGAACAAGACACUCGAAUUGAAAGCUCGAAUCAGUCAAAUGUAUCUAUUGAAGAACGUCUGGCCUGUGAGAUAACAGUGUCUUACGCGUCGACAACGACAGUCCCUGCAGAAAUAUCCAGUCGCGAAGAAAUUAUUGUGAUGCAACGGCAUAGCACUGGUGAAACUUCGUUGGUGUAUCGAGGAUAUUUAACCAAAGGCGAGACAAUGGUAACAGCUAAUCCUAAUCUCCUGGAGCCAGAUAAAUCAGCAGAAAGUACAACAAUCCAAUCGAGUUUAAUCGAUACGAAAGAAACCGUGGUUGUUCCAACCAUUCAAGCAACAGAUCAAACAUUGACAGAAAAGUGUGAAGAUAACCCACAAGUUCCAAAUGAAACCGAGACAGCCACUACUGCCAGUGACGGAAUAGAUCUUGGGCAACUUAUGCAAAAGCUCACAGCUUAUUUCAAACAAAAUAUGAAAACAUCGACUCAACAAACUCAAUCAUCGAGAAUGCCACGUCAUCCGAAGAGUGUGGAGAAUUUCUGCUAUAUUAUGGAAAAUCAUGUUCCGAUUUCAAAUGAAGAACAGCAAACGUUGCGUGGUCUAAUUAAUUUCGGUUUUAUUUUUGAUGAUAUUAAUUCGAAGAAAUCCAUUGAGUUUCUUAAGAAAAUUCUGAAAGAAAGACUUAUUUUAAUACUCUCGAAAACCAGUAUGGAAAAUUUAUCGAAACCUAUCCAAGACGAACCUCUACUUUCUGCGAUUUAUGUCAUUGAUUCAUCGGAGGAAAAUUCAUUUGAUUCGAAAUUUUAUCGAGGAUCUUUCUCCAAUAUUACCAGCUUGUGUAAAAAACUAGAAAACGAUCUUCAAUUAUUGACUUAUGACUUAACAAGCAUCAGCUCGAUCCCUGCAGAUUAUGCUGGAAUGAGUACGCUGAAUUAUGUUCAAGCAUUAAUAGAUAUUCUCUUAGAAACCAAUGAGAAGAGAAACCUGAAAAAAGAAAUGAUUGAUUUCUGCCGUGAAGAAUACGCUGAUAAUAUUAUUCAGUUAAAAUUGAUCGAAGAAUUUGAAAAUGAUUUUAAACCAGAUGAUGCCAUUCAUUGGUAUUUACGACACGACGCCUUUUUAUACAAAAUGAUGACACGAGCAUUUCGCGUCUUGGAUCCGGAUAUUUUAUUUAAAAUUCGAUAUUUUAUUCAACAUCUUCACUGCCAAUUGAAAUCGUCGAUUGAUACAAGUGCAUUGACUGUCCAUCGAACACUUCGAAUUCGAAAAGAUCUUCUCGAUAAGAUGAAAAGACAUCAGGGUGGAUUGUUAUCAUUUAAUGAAUUUCUUUUGGCUAAUAAAACCCAAUCAGCAAUCGAACCUUCUUCCACGAACAUAGACUCGAAAUUGGUUCGUUUUCAGAUUGGUUUAGGAACCGGUGCUUCUCGACAUGAUGUUGCAACAAAACUCAAUGAAGUUAUUUUGACAGUUGGAACAAUAUUCCGUGUUGAUAAAAUUGAACCGAUUGAUGACGGAACAUUUACUGUUGAAUUAACGACCAAUGAUGAAAUUCUUAAAAGUGGCCACCUUGUAACAAAAAGUUUACGUGAUGCUGUGCAUGCUUCUUUUCCAUUAGUACGCAUGGUGAAAUUGAUGAAGCAAAAAGAAUUAACGGGUUAUAUGGAAUAUUUCUGUUCGAUGUUGAUCGACGAUCCAGAAACUGUGAAAGAUGACGCAACAAAUUUGACUCUUGGAGGAUUACUUCAUUCUAUGGGAAGUUAUUAUUAUGAAAGAAAGCAAUAUCGAGAAGCGUUAAAUCAUCUACAAAAUGCUUUAAAAGUUUAUUUACGUGUUUUACCGGAUGACGAUGUGAGAUUAACACCAACUUAUAACAAUAUUGGAAGUGUCUAUAAUAAACAAGGUUUGAAUGAACAAGCAUUAGAAUAUCAUCUGAAGGCCUAUGAAAUUCAAAAGAACUCGCCCAAUCCUGAUAUGGAAUCAGUCGCUGCAUAUGUAGGUAACAUUGGCUCGGUUUUUAUAAAACUUGGUAGACACAAGGACGCCGCUACCUAUCUUGAACUUGAUUUAAAAAUUAAACAAAAAUUUCAUCCGGAUAAUGAUCAUGCUGAUGUAGCUGCAAAAUAUCAUAAUCUUGCUGCGGCUCAGUUUCGGCUGCAUCAAUAUUCAGAAGCAUUAGAAAAUUAUCAGAAAUGUCUUGAUAUUGAACUCAAAUGUCAUUCAGAUGAAAAUCCAACGGUUGCAUUAACCUAUUAUAACAUGGCAACAACAUUGGAACAACUCGGACAAUUGCAAGAAGCAAAGGAAGCGGUGCAAAAAGCCAUUGCGCGUUUACUUUUAACUAAGCAGCCAGACGAUGAAGACUUACAGAUGCAAACAAAAUAUCUUGAACGUUUAGAAAAAAAAAUCUGGAUGAAAAGUUUAUUUGCCACAACCGAAACCGACAAAAACUAG